UCCGUUUUGUGACCUUCAGCGUGGAGAGGGUAAGGAAAGAAGCUGCACCAACCUUGGGCAGCUCAUUGAAUUUUCACAGCAGCCUGGCUCUAGCUCGAGCAUGCUCAGUGCAGCGCUGACCUACUUUUGCGUGCCGAAGUGUGGAGAGCGCUGGCUGCCGUUCCGCUGACUGAGAAGGAGCCGCCGGCGCUGCUGCUGUCUUCUGGGGUCGCGCUUGGAAUGUUGCGGCACCCCAACGUUCCACAGCCGAACGUCUGGACACCGCCGUGUCGCUCCCUCGAGCGCAGCCCGGGUUGCUGAGGCAGGCGGUUGCUUGCAACACGCUACGUAGGGAGCACGGAUUACAGCCGCAGCGACGGGGCCACCUCUGUGAGCAUUUCUGUCGGGCUUCGGUUCAGUUUCUUGUCUGCUUUCCAUCGCGGUGAAGGCGAAAGGCUCUGUGGCAACCUGAGGCGCAGCAUUUAAGUAGGAGAGCAUCGUGGGGAGCAGAGAUCUCGGGCCCAGGCGAUCGCACUGAAAAGCUAAGUGGCCAAGAGGAGGGCUGGCUCACCUAGGAGCUAGGCAUCGGGCUUGAGUUUAGGUGAUUGCUGAGGAUUAGUUUGUAUGUAGAAUCUUCAGACUAAAACUGCAACUGCUGCUACAGCUAAAUUGCUGCUACGUGUCCAGGAUUUUUUUCUUAAAUGUAAAUCUUCAUGGAUCAAGGUAAAACUUUCCUGUGAUUUGCUCAGCUUAGAAGGCUGCAUUCAAUAGACAAUUUCCUAUCCCAGCUCUCUUCUGAACAGCCUACUGAAGAAAGAUGAACAUGCUGAACAGCCACCACUUUUUGAACUUCUUGCAUACCACACGCCUUUUCAUCUUACUAGCAGCUUUGACAGCUGCUGAGGAUGUGACUAGUAGCACUUUAAAUCACACUGACAUGAACUUGGGAUCUGUACCUGUGAUUAUCUCCAUCGUUGAUCAUAUUACAGUCAAGGAAGGGAAUAGUGCCUUGAUUGACUGCAAUGUCCAAGGAAAUCCUGCUCCACGUUACAAAUGGUACAAUUCCAAUGGUUGUUUGCUGAAGGAAGAAGAGAACAGUGGAAAAUGGUGGUUUCUUGACAGUGGGCUACUGAACAUUACCAGCGUGUCUUUUGAUGAUAGAGGUAAAUACACUUGUGUUGCUUCUAACAUGUAUGGCACUGUGAAUAAUACUGUGACUCUGAGGGUCGUCUUUACCUCCGGAGAUAUGGGGAUCUAUUACAUGAUUGUCUGCCUCGUAGCUUUUACCAUUGUUAUGAUCUUGAACAUUACCAGGCUGUGUAUGAUGAGCAGCCAUCUGAAGAAAACGGAGAAAGCAAUCAACGAGUUUUUCAGAACAGAAGGAGCAGAGAAACUACAAAAAGCCUUUGAGAUUGCUAAGCGUAUCCCAAUCAUCACCUCAGCCAAAACUCUUGAGCUUGCCAAAGUAACCCAGUUCAAGACCAUGGAAUUUGCUCGCUACAUUGAGGAACUUGCCCGAAGUGUUCCUCUGCCACCUCUCAUCAUGAACUGCAGGACUAUAAUGGAAGAAAUCAUGGAGGUGGUUGGCUUGGAAGAACAGGGACAGAAUUUUGUACGGCAAGCAGCAGAAGGCCAGGAGACUACUGAUGGAGAUGAUAUGUUUAUGAUUCCUAAUGCACUAAAGCGCAGCGACUCUCCCACAGCUGACUCUGAGGCAUCAUCACUGCAUGAAUCACCACAGCAGAUUGCGAUAAAAGUGUCAGUUCAUCAGCUGUCCAAAAAGGACUGUAUAGAUGACCAGUCACAAGACAGUGUGCAAUUAGAAAUUAAGGAAGAAGAGAUUCCUCAAACACCAGCAUCUCCUACUGACCCAAUUCCUGAUCCUUCUACUGAACUAAACUCCAAUGAUAUAGCAUUGGCAACUGACAAAAAUACAUGUUUUAUUUAUGAAAGCCAUGUGUGAUAAUUACUCUGUGAAUCUAUGCAUAGCAAGAAAAUCAGUUGGAGCUCCUUUAAAAAUAGAUAUUGUACUUGCCACUAAGCCUUACCUGGAGAUUAUCAUAGCAAAAGCAUGCAUGUCGAUUAUUUGAUAUUUUCUUCUUUGAGUUAAUUUUACUAUGAUGUAUGACAGAGUAAUUACUAUUAUAUUAAUACUAAUUGCUCUUUUUGGUUUAGGAGUUUUUUUCAGAAACAUUUACCUCAGCAAUUUCUAGGUUGUUGUCAACUUCAGUGACCUCCUGGAAGUCAUUUGUAGUGUUAAAGACACUUAGAUUUACUAAACAUAAAACUGUUCUUCAUUUUUCUCCUUCCGCUUCCUCUCUUCCAUCUGCUGCAUUUUUGUGUAACUGUUCCCAUGAAUUUGAAACAUUGCCCAGGAGGCAGGAUUUCAUUAGCCAAACAAAAUCCUAGUUAGAUCCUAUUUACCAAGCAUCUUUGCCAAGCUGCAUUGUGAAUUAGAGGGCUAUUAAAGAAGGUUAAAUGUGUCUUUUUCAUUUGAGACCAUUUUAUUUAUGUUUAGACAGUGGGGAAAUAGGUUUCCCUACCCCUUAGACUGAAGAAGCCAAUAAGUGUUCAUUCACACAGAUGAUAUACAGUGUAUUUUUUUCUACAGAAGAGAAAGCACUUUAUUUCUGCCAGAAGGCUACAGUACAAACAUGGAGUAGAUUUUUUUCAUAUAUUUAACCAUCUGUUGACUUUACCAGAAGUCUAUAUCGAGAAGGACUAUGGGUGUCCAAAAUUUAUUGUCUUGUUUUGCUUACAUGGUAGAAGUAAAUGGAACCAGGUGACUUUAUAAAACCUGUCAGGAGUGUGGAUUCAGUAAAAGUAUUGUACACUCCAGUAUUUUGUUGCAGAUGAGGCUGAAGUGGUAAAAUAUCCUUGUUUAUCAGGAUUUCCUUUUUCUGCAAUGCAAUUUCCUGAUGAACAAAAACAAGUGCAUCCAUAAUCAUAAUCUUUUUAAUCCGGCAAUGAGUCAAAAAAUUAGUCAAAUACUUGCUAUUAAGUCAUAAUGGUCACCUCAGUGCAUAAAAAUGGACAAUGAUCACAAACUGUAUUAUGAUAGUACAAUUGAUCUGCUAUUUUAAAAAAUCCUCAUCAAAUUUAGAUUUUCUGGGGUGAGGAGGUUCACUGACAUCUGAGCAAAUGUGACUCCAUCUGUAUAUAGCUUUCAUAAUCAUGGCCAGUGGGGCAUAUGUCUGUCAUUGGAGAUUUUUAAGAGCAGGUUAGCCAAACACCUGUCCAGGAUGGUCUAGAGAAGACUUAGUCCUUCCUUGGCUGGGGAUUGGACUAGUAGACCUCUUAAGGUCUCUUCCAGUCCUACAAUUCUAUAAUAUUAGGAUCAUGGAGUUAUGCUCGGAUAUUAAUGG